UGAACAUUAUUAUUCUAGCAUCACGGCAGCAGGUCUCUGCUAAGUUUGGAGUUACUCUUGUCACCACAACUGUAUGCCUGCUUGAAGUUGAUUAACAGGGCUCUGCAGCACAAGGAGUCUGCAUGUCUGAAUAGACAUGCUCAGCUUUGUGGAUACUCGGAUUGUGUUGCUGCUUGCAGUAACUUCAUACCUAGCAACAUGCCAACAUAUGGGUCCCCGAGGAGACAAGGGGCCCGAAGGUGACAUGGGGUAUCCUGGCCCUAAUGGAAGAGAUGGCUUACCCGGACAACCUGGCCUCCCUGGCCCCCCCGGCCCCCCUGGUCUUGGCGGAAACUUUGCUGCUCAGUACGAUGGAUCUAAAGGCCCCGAUGCAGGCCCAGGACCUGCGGGUUUGAUGGGAAUGACUGGCCCACAAGGACCUCCUGGUUCCCCGGGCCCUCAAGGAUUCCAAGGACAUCCUGGUGAGCCUGGUGAACCAGGACAAUCUGGACCUGUUGGCCCUCGUGGUCCCCCGGGACCCCCUGGCAAAUCUGGUGAUGAUGGUAACAAUGGACGACCUGGCAAACCUGGAGAUCGUGGUACCUCUGGAGCUCAGGGUGCUCGUGGUUUCCCUGGAACCCCUGGCCUUCCUGGAAUGAAGGGACACAGAGGAUACACUGGUCUGGAUGGACGUAAAGGAGAGCCUGGUGUCUCUGGCCCCAAGGGUGAAACUGGUGCUCCUGGUGCAAAUGGCUCCCCAGGUCUGAUGGGUUCUCGCGGUCUUCCUGGUGAGAGGGGACGUGCUGGCUCUGCUGGCCCAUCUGGUGCUCGUGGUAGCGAUGGAAACACCGGCCCUGCCGGCCCUGCUGGUCCUCUGGGAGCUGCUGGACCUCCAGGCUUCCCAGGUGCUCCUGGUCCCAAGGGAGAAGUUGGCCCCGGUGGAGCCUCUGGACCUCAGGGAGCUCAGGGUGCAAGAGGCGAGCCCGGUCCCAGCGGCGUUGUUGGCCCUGUUGGCCCCGCUGGUAACCCUGGUAACAACGGUCUGGCUGGUGCCAAGGGUGCUGCUGGUACCCCUGGUAUGGGUGGCGCCCCUGGUCUGAGCGGCCCAAGAGGAGGACCUGGCCCACAGGGCCCAUCUGGACCCUCCGGAGCCAGAGGCCUCAGCGGUGACCCUGGUAUCGCUGGUGCCAAGGGAGACACUGGUGGAAAGGGUGAGCCCGGUUCUUCUGGUCCCGCAGGCCCUCCUGGUCCUGCUGGUGAGGAGGGCAAGAGAGGUACCAACGGAGAGCCUGGCUUAAGUGGGCCUGCUGGCAGCCGUGGAGAGAGAGGAACCCCUGGAACCCGUGGUCUUCCUGGUGUGGAGGGAAGAGCUGGCCCAAUGGGUAUGCCUGGUGCCCGUGGUGCCGCUGGCCCCGCUGGCCCCCGUGGACCCCCUGGUGAUGCAGGCCGUGCUGGUGAAACCGGUCUUCUGGGCGCAAGAGGUCUUCCUGGUAGCCCGGGACAGUCUGGCCCCCCAGGAAAGGAGGGUCCUGCAGGCGCUUCUGGUCAAGAUGGCCGCUCUGGUCCUCCAGGACCUACUGGCCCCAGAGGUCAGCCCGGUAGCAUCGGAUUCCCUGGUCCUAAGGGCCCCGCCGGUGAGCCUGGAAAGCCUGGUGAUAAGGGAGGAGUUGGUCCUUCUGGUCUGAGGGGUCCAUCCGGUCCCGAUGGAAACCCUGGACCCGCUGGUGCUGUGGGAGCUGGUGGUAACACCGGUGAGAAAGGAGAGCAGGGACCCUCUGGCGCCCCAGGAUUCCAGGGCUUGCCUGGCCCCGCUGGAGGUGUUGGUGAAGCUGGCAAACCUGGCGAUCGGGGUGCUCAUGGAGAACCAGGAUUACCAGGGCCUGCUGGUGGGAAGGGAGAGCGUGGAAACCCUGGACCUGCUGGUGGAACCGGUCCCCAAGGCCCUAUUGGCUCCCGUGGACCUGCUGGUCCUGCUGGAACUGACGGAGGCAAGGGUGAGCCUGGUCCCGCUGGACUUGCUGGUGCCCCCGGUCACCAAGGACCUUCCGGAAUGCCCGGCGAGCGUGGUGGCGCUGGCACUCCUGGAGGCAAAGGCGAGAAGGGAGAGGCUGGACACAGAGGACUGGAAGGCAACUUUGGCAGAGAUGGCGCCCGUGGUCCACCAGGACCUAGUGGACCUCCCGGACCUUCUGGUGCCAAUGGUGAUAAGGGUGAAUCUGGCUCCUUUGGCCCUCCUGGCCCCGCUGGUGCUCGUGGUGCUCCUGGUGAGCGUGGUGAGUCUGGCCCUGCUGGAGGUCCUGGCUUUGCUGGACCCCCUGGUGCUGAUGGUCAGCCUGGCGCACGUGGUGAGAGAGGCCCAGCUGGUGGAAAGGGUGAUGUUGGGCCUGGCGGACCUGCUGGCCCUGCCGGAAACAGUGGACCCGCUGGCCCAUCUGGUCCUGCUGGCCCCCCUGGUGCCCGUGGUGAUGGCGGUCCCCCUGGUCUGACUGGUUUCCCUGGUUCUGCUGGCAGAGUUGGAACUGCUGGCCCAGCUGGCAUCGGUGGGCCACCUGGACCUUCUGGCGCUGCUGGAAAGGACGGCCCCCGUGGCCCCCGCGGUGAGCCUGGCCCCGCUGGAGUUAAUGGAGAGCAGGGUAUCGCUGGACCUCCCGGAGCUGCUGGAGAGAAAGGCCCAAGUGGAGAGAGCGGUCCUCCUGGCGCCGCUGGUAUUCCCGGGCCCAAGGGUGUCCUCGGUUCUCCUGGUUUCGUUGGUCUUCCCGGCUCAAGAGGCGACCGUGGUCUUCCAGGCGGUCCUGGCGGUGUUGGUGAGCCUGGUAGGCUGGGCCCAGCUGGACAGGCUGGAGCUCGUGGACCUGCUGGUAACAUUGGCAUGCCUGGUAUGACUGGUCCCCAGGGAGAAGCAGGUCGUGAGGGUAGCCCUGGCAACGAUGGUCCUCCCGGCCGUCCUGGUGUUCCUGGUUUCAAGGGCGAUCGUGGUGAUCCUGGCGGUCCUGGUCAUGCAGGAACCGCUGGUGCCCCUGGAGCUCAUGGACCUGCCGGUGCCGCUGGCAGAGCCGGAAACCGCGGAGAGACCGGUCCCGGUGGUGCAGGUGGUCCCGUUGGCCCCGCUGGUGCGAGAGGCGCUCCUGGCCCCGCUGGACCUCGUGGAGAGAAGGGUGUCGGCGGAGGAAAGGGAGAGAGAGGCUUGAAAGGACUGCGCGGGCACACCGGCCUGCAGGGAAUGCCCGGGCCUGCCGGUAUGGGUGGUGAGCAAGGUUCUGCUGGUCCCGCCGGUCCCGCUGGUCCCAGAGGCCCAGCCGGUCCCCACGGCCCCCCCGGAAAGGAUGGCAGAGCUGGCGUACACGGAACCAUCGGGCCUGCUGGCCACCGUGGUGCCCCCGGACACGUCGGCCCAGCCGGUCCCCCCGGAAUUCCCGGUCCCCCCGGCCCCCCUGGUGCAUCCGGCGGCGGUUAUGACGUGGGCGUCGGCUUUGAGGAGUACAGAGCUGAUCAGGCCUCCGUCAGGGCCAAGGACUACGAGGUUGACGCCACCCUGAAGUCUCUGAACACCCAGCUGGACAACCUGCUCACACCCGAGGGCUCCAAGAAGAACCCAGCCCGCACCUGCCGUGACAUCAGGCUCAGCCACCCCGAGUGGACCAGCGGCUACUACUGGAUCGACCCCAACCAGGGCUGCAUCAUGGAUGCCAUCAAGGCCUACUGCGACUUCACCACCGGCCAGACCUGCAUCUACCCCAACCCCGGCACCAUCGCCCGCAAGAACUGGUACAACAGCGCACAGAGCAGGAAGCAUGUCUGGUUCGGCGAGACCAUCAACGGUGGCACUGAGUUUGCCUACCACGAGGACACCAUCAGCCCCCAGAGCAUGGCCACCCAGCUGGCCUUCAUGCGCCUCCUGGCUAACCAGGCCUCCCAGAACAUCACCUACCACUGCAAGAACAGCGUGGCCUACAUGGACGCCGAGAACGGCAACCUGAAGAAGGCCGUGCUGCUGCAGGGCUCCAACGACGUGGAGCUGCGGGCGGAGGGCAACAGCCGCUUCACUUUCAACGUACUGGAGGACGGCUGCACUAGACACACUGGCCAAUGGGGAAAGACAGUCAUCGAGUACAGAACGACGAAACCAUCUCGCCUGCCCAUCCUCGACAUUGCACCUUUGGACAUUGGUGGAGCUGAUCAAGAAUUUGGUUUGGACAUUGGCCCAGUCUGUUUCAAAUAAAUAGACUCAUGAUAAAUUAAAGAGAGAAAGAAAAAAAAAAAGAAAAAAAUCUCUGCCCUCUCUGUUUUUUUUUUAUACUGAAUGCUGAUUUCCCUCUGCCCCUCCACUUGCUUAAAUUGGGCCCUAUCGGAGAAGACAACGGACUGAUCGGAGCGUUGUGCAAUGCAAAUUAAUACAGAAGCCAAAGGCACGUGGGAAAACACCUUGUUGUGGGACAUGUCAUCAUCUGUAAAAUAACAACGUGUAAUAAAAAGAUGAAAGUACACCACUUGUGGUCUUUGUAUAUCUUCCAAGGAGGAGGUUUAAAACCACAGCUUUUCAAAGGUUUAAACUACCUCAUGACCGUAUUGAGAAAAUAAAAGAAAAAAACUUGCAUCCCAAUUGUAAGAGUUUAAAAGGCUUCAAGCUUGUUCCCGUGGUGCUCAGAUACUUGAAGCGGUAACAUGGUGCUAUGCAUACGGCUGCAGAAUGAACCACUUUAAAACUGUAUUGCUUUGUAUUGACCUCCAGGUGGCGUCUCUUACAGUUUUUGCUGAUAAUCCCUUAUUAAGCAGGUGGAACCCUCCUUCAAACUGUCUGGUUUUGACUCUGUUUUAUUUCAUUUCUUAUUUGUGUCUGAUUUUGUCCCUUCCCCCCCUCUCCCCACCCCUUUUUUUCAAUCAGUUCCCCAUGUUCACGCUGUUAAGCACAUCUUGUCCGUCUAAUCGGGAUAAGAAUGUCUCUCUCUCAAACAAACAACAAAGUUUAUUGUACCUAUUUUGUAUAUGUGAGAUGUUUAAAUAAAUUGUGAAAAGUUCUGAAAUAAAGCAUGUCCAGUGUUCCAAAAAACAA